GGAAGGUUGCCAUUUUGCGCUAUUCAUUGUCGCGCGCGCGUGGAUUCCCCAUGAAUUCACGUUAGUUGCAGGGUUACAUUUUGUCAGGACAACCCCACCACAAGAGCCCCGCCGUAAAAACCCACGCGCGGCAACUCUUCGUGGGCCUAUUUCGUCCCUUGUCGUUCCCAUCUCCGCCUCCACCGCCACCUCUCGUGAGAGUGUCUGUGGAGGACUCCAUUUUGAAAGGUUGUGGAGCCACUGAACUCAAGUCCCCGUCACGGGAAAAGAAAAGGGAGGCGAAACACCAUCUGGCCCCACGCGUGUUUUCUUCUUGAGUGAGAAUCUUGAUAGUUUUUUUGUUUUUGGCGUAGGUAGAACAUGACGGCGAGGUGGAAGUUCGGCGCGUGACGUCACAGCCGCCGCCGACUGCGAGUGAUUGACGGCUCGUUAUGGCGAGGUGGCCACAUGUGGGAAGGGGCACUUCUAAGGCAGGAAAUGGACGUUUAAGCCAGAUAAAAUCCACGUUUACGGUAUAAAGUUGUGUACAGAUAGAAAAUGGGGCUAUAUUGCCCUUGCGGGAGCAUAUAUUAGAGGGGAGGUGUUGGAGGAAGAGGAGGGGGGGUGGAAGAAGAGGCGGAGGAGGGGAGGGGGUGAGUGCUCCUCGGGAUCCGGGCCUAGCAGUGCCGCCGCCGGGACUGUGCUGUCGCUCUCAUCUGCUGUCAAAAAUCCGGGAAUUGCCUCAUUUGGGGGGCACAAUGGAGGCGGCGGGGCUCGCGUGGAAGCUGCUCGACGGGGGAAUGGGAGACAGCAUGCCAGCAUGAGUGGGCUACAUGCAGGCCCAAGCCGGGAGUCCAGCCGCCCGAUAAGCCCCGCCCGUGACCUGUCCCGCUACUCCCGAUCCGACUACAAUAAAGAUCUCGGCGCAACCAUGUCCGCCGCCGCCUCCUCCCUACAGCACGCGUCCAUUUACGGCUUUGCGCAGAGGGACCCAUCGCCCCCCUCGUCCACCUACAGCCCCCUGAGGAGGCUGCAGCAUCUCACCACCAUGGUGAGCCAGCCCGACUUGGUUUUGCCCGCCCGGCCAGGUAAGAGCUGGGAGUGGGCCGCCUCGGAUCCAAACGAGUCGGAGCGGGACUCCUGGGUGGACUGUGCCGGCAGGGAUUACUGCGAUGCUACUUUUGCGAAACAAGGCGAGGUCCAAAGUGGCAGCGCUAACCAGGAGCCGGCAGCCAGCUGUAGCAGUCCCAGCGUGUCGGAGAGGAAGACGGACAGUUGUUUCUCCUGCCCGCCCAGCCCGGCCUUCUCUCUCGAUAGCAACAGCCCCUUUGCAAAUGGCCUCCUUCAUUUUGAAUCCUCUUUGUUCGAGGACGAGGAGCACCACAACUGUGACAAAGAGCAGCAGCAGCAGCAGCAGCAGCAGGAGGAGACGACGUACUUUGCCGUCACAGACUCGCGGGAUAAACGCAAGAGCCCAGAGAAAGAGCUUCAGUCUGCCACUGUGGAUUUGCAAUCCGAAUCCAAGGACGCAAAUGUCCCAUCAGCAAAAGUCAUCACCCGAUCCCAGUCGUCGGGUUUUCGCCGAAGGUACUGGGAUGUUUCCGACGACGAGUGGGAGAGCGACACGGAUCUCUUCCUUUUUGGCGAUAGCCCCUCCAGGAAUUUAAUGGCAAGUCUUAUUCCAAUUACAUGAGGGUAUAGCGGGUCC